UCGCUCAUGUCGGUUAACUAUGCAACGGCAUUAUCGGAUUAUGCGAAUAAGGGAGUUUGCGGCAUGCCUGAACUGUUUGACGAUGCAACUGCAUUGGAGAAGAAGCUGAACGAGCUGUAUCUUUUAAUGCGGCAGUCACGGUACACAGUAGUACACACUGGGGCAGGCAUUAGUACUUCUGUCGGUAUCCCGGAUUUUCGCGGACCUCGAGGCAUAUGGACUUUGGAAAAACUGGGCAAAAAUCCGCCUACUUCUGUCCCUUUUGAAAGCGCAACACCUUCGUUGGCCCAUCAGAUCCUCGUGGAAUUUGAAUGUAGAGGUCUAAUUCACUAUCUGGUGACACAAAAUAUCGAUGGAUUACAUCUAAGAUCCGGAUUUCCACGUGAUCGCCUGUCAAUUCUUCACGGUGACAUGUUCUUAGAGGUCUGCGAUACCUGUGGUACACUGUUCCCUCGCAACACGCCAUCCGUUACAGUUGGUCUCCGUCGGACUGAUACUUCUUGUACCUACAUCAAACCUUCAAAGCUACGUUGUCGAGGCAAGCUCACAGAUACAAUUCUUGACUGGGAAAGUGAUCUACCCACUACGGACUAUAAUCUUGCAAUCGAGCACUCCAAACGAGCUGAAUUGCAUAUAUGCAUAGGAACUUCUCUGCAAAUGUACCCUGCUGCCUCAUUGCCUCUUUUGCCGGGUAGACCAAAGCGCUCAAGUAGUAAUGUUCAUCAUAAAGAUGAUGAAUCUCCGCCCACCUCUAAGAUGGUUAUUGUUAAUUUGCAACGUGCCAAGUUGUUCAAGCGAGCACAUCUUAACAUCCACGCCCCCGCUGAUUUUGUUUUGGGCGCGCUCGCUGACAAAUUCAACAUCCCCAUUCCUUGCAAACCAGAUGUUUCUAGUUCAUCGUUCAUACCCUCACUGCUUUUGAGGUCUAUACAUUCCAGUCCAGACAGUCGUCUGCCUUGGCGUAUUCUCCCUCAUCCGACUAAUGGCGCUGGUGUCCGUAUUCUUGAUCACGCCUUGGUGACUGCCACUAAAGAAGCACCCUCUUGCGAUUUCAUGAAACCAGUUAACGGAGACGAUUCUUCACAUACGGAAUGCGACACCUCUGAUUGCAAGCGGAUCAAACUUUGUGGAGACACUUCCUCCAACUAA